AAUUAUUAAAUAAUCAGUCUUACUGAAAUUUAAAUGUCAAGAUAUAAACAUGAUCAUGAGACAAACAUUUAACAAUUGUUACCUAUAUUUUGGUGUUUUGGUGUAUCUUCACUUUAAUACAGGACCUUCUUACCUCACACAUCCAAAGUUUCCAUGAAACACAAGGACGGGUUAGCAGAAAUAGACCGGCUGGAAAGGGGCCUGUUACUGGACGGCGGCCCGGAUUCCGAGCCGGCCGGCCACGACGAGCAAAUCGACGGCGACGAAGACGAGCUGCCGCCCCUUUACACGGCGUCGUUUGGCGAAACCGAAGAAAAUUUCGUGAAAUACCAGACGACGCGAUGGGUUCUGUACUCGCUGCUGUUGAUACUGGCGUGGGGCAUCGGCUUGUUCAUGCUGAUUUAUCUGCCUCUACGCCGCUACAUUUUGCGCAUAGAUAUCCGCUCGCGGAAGCUCUACCUUACUUCGGAUGCAAUUGUGUAUAAAGUGAGAAGACCGGUGUCAUUUCCAUGUUUCGGGGUUCUGAAGAAAGAGAAGCAUGUCUUACUGCUUUCAGUGGCUGAUGUUGCAAUAGAACAGGGAUAUCUGCAGUCCCUUUUCGGUGUAUACUCUAUUAGAAUAGAGAAUGUUGGAGUGAGAAGGCCUCCAAGUGAUGAUGUUCAAAUACAAGGGGUUACUGAUCCUCAUGCUUUCAGGAAGGCUGUUCUAUCUCAGCUGUCUACCAUGAGAGGUGAGGUGUUCUCCAGACAUGUAUCUACUCUUGAUGAUAAUCCAACUCCAUGUACGGGUCAUUCUUCAGUUGCUUCGAUGUCCCCUUCAAAACUGAGGCGUGAUUCUUUUCCUCACCUUGCUGAAGUGGCGAUUUUGCAAAAAUUAGAGGAGGUUGGCAGUUCAGUGAAGAGAGUCCAAACCUUGAUUGAAGAGCAGAAGCUUCAAGCAUCGGAACUUGCAGAAUGAGAGUUGAGGUGAACUCCCUGAGUGUGACGAAUUAUCUGCUAUCAGUAAAUGCAAAGCAUGUCCAUCUUUCAGAAGUUGAGUUGCUACUAGAGUCCAUAUUUCAGAAAGCUAACACCUAAAGAUAAUGAAAAAGAAGCCGCGUGAUAACCAGUUACCGGCUUGCAGAUUAUCAAUACUGUCAGAUUGUUGCGCCCUCCAGUUCAUCCUUAUUUGCCUCCUGAAGAGUGAGCGCUGGACUUUAAACUGCUAAGAUGAAUAUGCUGCUUUCUCUCGUUUAGUUGUAAUAAUCAUAAUUAUUUGAUCUUCCAAUCUCGACCAUGUUGUACAACUCGUUGAUUUGAAGUUUCUAUCCCAUGCCAAAGCUUGUGAACCUA